AUGUGGGCAGUCAAGUCCGACACCAUGGAUCACGUUCCUCUGGAGUACCGCACUCUCCGUGACGGCUUCUCUUUCCUUCAGCUUUCAUACUCCGGGAAGGCGUGUGAAGCAGGUCUUCACGCCAUUAUAGCAGGUGGGAUGCAUUCCCUUCAAGCCAAGUCGCUUGGCUACAACGCGCAGCUUUACUGUGUGCAUGGAGUGUGUUCUCUGAGCAUAGAAGUACCCCUUCUUUAUUGCAUAACAUCGAAGAAAACGCAGAAGGUCUACACCAAAAUCUUCGACCAUGUGAAGGCAAGCAUCACUGGUGAUGUACCACGACGCGUGAUUUUGGAUUUCGAAAAAGCAGCUAUCUCAGCUGCACGGGACAACUUUCCGGAAGCAUCCAUAGAGGGCAUUCAUAUUGUGCAAGCCUGGAAUCGCAAAAGGAAUGAUCUCGGGCUCAAGAAGUUUACUCAGGAAUUGAAGAAGUAUUUUGUUUUAAUCCCACGAGUGAAAGCCCUGCAAGCUCCUCCAGUACCAACGGGACACGCCGCAUAUGAAACAUGUGAAGGCCUCUUGAGCUACUUUGACGCGGAUUGGCUUCAAGGCACGUUCAAGGAUAUGUGGUGUAAAUGGAAACUAGAAGAUCUGCGCACUACAAAUAUAGCAGAAGCGUUCCAUAGGUGGCUUGGGUUCCUUAUAGAUGUUGACCACCCGCCCCUAAGCCUGCAAUCGACGCCUUCCGGAAACUCAAUUACGAAACGCAGACAGCUCUUAAGCGACUAG